GAGAGAGAGAGAGAGAGAGUUUCAGAAAGAGAGAGCUUCGAGUUGGAAAGAAAAUGGAUAAUGCCUUGAUUUUGUUGACAACAGCAAUCUUAUAUUGUGCCAUCGUUUUCUGCUACAAAGUGAUCGUCAUGUCAUUGAGGCGCAGUCGGCAUCAGAACCCACCUCUUCAACUUGAAGUCCCUCCAGGUUCUCUUGGAUGGCCCUUCAUCGGUGAAACCAUCGAGUUUGUCGCUUCUGCCUACUCAGACAGACCCGAGACCUUCAUGAACAAACGGCGUCACAUGUAUGGAAAGGUGUUCAAGUCACACAUAUUUGGGAGCCCCACGGUUGUAUCAACCGAUGCAGAAGUGACCAAAUUCAUUCUGCUAAGUGAUGCCAAGACUUUCGUGCCAUCAUACCCAAAGUCCCUCACCGAGCUGAUGGGCAAGACCUCCAUUUUGCUCAUCAACGGAAGCUUGCAGAGGAGGAUUCAUGGCCUUGUUGGGUCUUUCUUCAAGUCGCCCCAGCUCAAAGCACAGAUCACCCAAGACAUGCAAAAGUACGUCCAGCAAUCCAUGGCAUGUUGGAGGGAUGAUCACCCAAUACUCAUCCAAGAUGAAGCCAAAAAUAUUGCCUUUCAAGUACUGGUCAAGGCCUUGAUUAGCCUUGAUCCUGGCAAUGGAAUGGAGUUCUUGAAGAAACAGUUCCAAGAAUUUAUCUUAGGGCUCAUGUCUCUUCCAAUAAAUGUACCUGGAAGUAGACUUCACAGAUCCCUUCAGGCAAAGAAGAGAAUGUCCAAAUUGGUGAAAAAUCUUAUAAAAUCUAAAAGGAACAAAGGUCGAAUGAUCUCAACAGUGGCACAAGAUGUAGUGGAUGUUUUGCUAAAUGACUCAAAUGAGAAGUUGACAGAUGAUUUAAUAGCAGAUAAUAUCAUUGAUAUGAUGAUACCAGGAGAAGAUUCAGUGCCAGUUCUGAUUACUCUAGCAGUAAAAUACCUCUCAGAUUGUCCAGCUGCUCUACAACAGUUAACGGAGGAAAACAUGAAGCUGAAAAGAAGCAAGGCAAAGCUUGGGGAGCAAUUGAGUUGGAAUGACUAUUUGUCCCUAUCAUUCACACAAGAUGUCAUUACAGAGACUCUAAGGAUGGGAAACAUAAUAAUCGGAGUGAUGAGAAAGGCGAUGAGAGAUGUCGAAAUUAAAGGGUACUCAAUUCCAAAAGGGUGGUGCGUACUUGCAUAUUUUCGGUCAGUUCAUCUUGAUGAGACCAACUAUGAAUGGCCAUACCAGUUUUACCCAUGGAGGUGGCAACAUAAAGAGAUGAUGACGAAUAGCAACUUCACUCCUUUUGGAGGUGGACAACGACUCUGUCCUGGACUGGAUUUGGCCAGGCUGGAAGCUUCCAUCUUCUUACACCAUCUCGUCACUCAAUUUAGUUGGAAGGCUGAAGAUGACACAGUAGUGAACUUCCCCACGGUGAGACUGAAGAGGAGAAUGCCAAUUUGGGUCAAAAGGAGAUGAUAUUCAUAGAGCUGCUUUGGCCUCCCCCCAAAAGAAGCGAUGAGGGGGAAAAAGAAAGAUAGCUGCAACAAGACUCUCACACAAUGACAGUGUAAAGAUCAAAUAGAAGGAAAGUGAAAUUGAGAUGCAUUUGUGCUCCAAGACACACGUGUGGGAGCAUCAUCACAGCAGGAGCUUGACCACCUUUUGUUUUCUUCAGUAGAUUAAAGAUGAUGAACAUCUAGGCAACAGAAUGUGUAAUUUUCUUGGAACCCAAAUUUAGAGUCCUUCUCACUUCCAUCAAAUUUCAACUUCAUAUGUACGAAAGCUAAGUAG